AUGCUAUGGGCCCAGAGGAAGAGGAAAAGGAAGACAGUGUCUGACCCUACCCAAGAUGGGUACUCAGACUACCACAACCCCAAUGAGAGCUGGAUCAAAUCUCACUUUAGCCGACUAUCUGAAGAGAAGCUGCGCCCUGAGCAUUAUGCCCCUACUAAUGCUGGCAACACCUCUCUCCAGCCCGAGAGUGGGUGUGGGGAGGCCAGCACCAACAUUCGCAUGGAGACCUUCACUUCUUCUAGGCAUGGAGAGGGCAACCCAACGCUGCACCGGGACUCCUUCCACAGCAAGCAGAAGAUAUGCGGGCCCCUGGUAACCAAAGAGACCCACAAGGAAUCAGGGGGGUCCACGUCCACCGAUGAGGCCACGUGGGCUGCCGUGGCUGCUUGUGCCAAGGAGAUCGACGCCAAGGGGCACCACCUAGCUAACUCCAUGCUGCAGCGUGCUCCCAACCAGCACUCGAGCCACAUAGAAACCAGAAGCAUCAACCCAGAGGAGCUGAAGGCCCUGGAGGAGGUGGAGAUAAAGCUGAAAGGGGACUUCCUUACUCAGCGGGAAUCCAGCUUAGCCGGUGCCAACCACACACAUACCUUCUAUAGCCAGGGUCGUCAUGGCCACCAGAGCGCCCUGGGCCAUACAGGCCACCAGAGCCUCCUGGGUCAUCCUGUUUACUCGGGCCAUCAGAGUCAUCCAGGCUACCUGAUUCACCAGGCCCUCCCAGGCCACUCAAGCCACCAGGGCCAUUCGGGCCACUCAAGCCACCAGGGUCAUUCAGGCUACGUGAGCCAUCCGGGCCAUCCGAGUCAUCAUAGCCACCAGAGCCAUAGCCUGCCUGGCCGCAGCCACUAGGUCUAUGACUCUUGAAGCUACGUAACUACACGCAUCCCUUCCCCCAGCAGGUCUGGCCCACAGGACUGUUUCUCUCCUAUGGGGAAACCUCUGGGACUCAGGGCAAGAGGCUGCACCCAAAUCUCUUCUUCCUCAGGCCCCCCAUGACAGGGGUCAUGAGUGGGGGUCUACCAUCAUGUAGCCCCUGCUGGAGGGACAGCUGAGAGGAAGUGAGUCAGCCAUGACAGACCCUGGCCCAUGAACACCCACCAAGAGAAGACAGACGAGGCAGAUCCUAGGAGCAAACAAGAGCCCCACAUUGAUGCCAA